CACGAGAAGAAGAAGAAGAAGAAAAUUCGUAAAAAAUGGCGCUCAGAUCAAUGAAUCAGAUCGGUACUCUGUUUCCGGCGGCGAAAUGCAACGAUCAUUCAGUUCGAGCGAAGGUUCCGGCGUGUACGGCGGCGGUGAGGACGGUCCCAGCGGUGGGGAUUUUGCGAUCUAGGGUUCAGAAUCGCGAAAGAGAGGAGGUGAUGAUUUCAUCGUUUGACAGAUUCCGGCGGAGUUUCGCGGUGUCGUGUAGAGCUUCGACGGCGGCUGAGGAGGCGGAGAAGGGAGGGGAAAGGAGAGGAGUGGCGGUGUUUGUGAUGAUGCCGUUGGACUGUGUGACGAUGGAGAAUAAGGUGAAGAAGAGGAAGGCGAUGGAGGUGAGUUUUCAGGCGAUGAAAGGGGCGGGAGUUGAGGGGGUUAUGGUGGAUGUGUGGUGGGGAUUGGUGGAGAAGGAGAGGCCUGGCGAGUACAACUUCGGCGGUUAUGAGGAGUUUUUUGCUAUGGCGGCGAAAUACGGCCUCAAAGUUCAGGCCGUCAUGUCGUUCCAUCAAUGCGGCGGGAACGUCGGCGAUUCUUGCACAAUUCCAUUACCGAGAUGGGUGGUGGAGGAGAUGCAGAAAGAUCCGGAGCUUGCAUACACAGAUCAAUGGGGAAGAAGGAACUUCGAAUACUUGUCUCUCGGAUGCGAUGAUCUUCCUGUCUUGAAGGGCCGAACUCCUGUUCAAUGCUACGCCGAUUUCAUGCGCGCCUUCAAACAAAACUUCAAUCAUCUUCUCGGCAACACCAUUGUCGAAAUCCAAGUAGGAAUGGGACCAGCGGGGGAGCUUCGUUAUCCAUCAUAUCCUGAACAAAAUGGCACAUGGAGAUUCCCAGGCAUUGGAGCCUUCCAAUGUUUUGACAAAUACAUGCUCAGUAGCUUAAAUGCUGCAGCCAAUGCAGCCGGGAAACCCGAAUGGGGCUCGACAGGACCGACCGAUGCGGGUCAUUAUAACAACUGGCCAGAAGACACCCGGUUCUUCAAGAAAGAAGGUGGAGGUUGGAACUCCUCUUAUGGUGAAUUCUUCCUCUCCUGGUACUCCCAAAUCCUCCUUGAUCAUGGGAAUACCAUACUUUCACAUGCUUCCUCAAUCUUCAAACCUUCAAGUGCAAAAAUCUCGGUGAAGAUCGCAGGCAUCCAUUGGCACUAUGGGACUCGGUCUCAUGCCCCGGAGCUCACAGCAGGUUACUACAACACACGGUACCGCGACGGUUACGUACCAAUCGCGCAAAUGUUGGCUCGCCAUGGUGCAAUCUUCAACUUCACUUGUAUAGAAAUGCAUAACCAUGAGCAGCCUCAGAAUGCACUAUGUGCUCCUGAGAAUCUCGUAAGACAAGUCAGCUUGGCAACUCAAAAGGCUCAAGUUCCACUUGCCGGGGAGAACGCAUUGCCACGAUACGACGAGCGUGCACACGAUCAAAUCGUGAGGGCGUCGUUGUUGGAAGGCGAUAGAGAGAUGUGUGCAUUCACAUACUUGAGGAUGAAUCCUCAGUUGUUUGAAGAAGACAAUUGGAGAAGGUUUGUGGGAUUUGUGCAGAAGAUGAAAGGAGGGAAGAACAGCCAUAGACAUAGCCAUAGAAGUUGGGAAGACAAGAAGAAGAAGGAGCAGCAGCAAGUUGAAAAGGUAGUGCCUAAUCUACAGAGUGAGAGUAAUUUGGUCCAAAGAGUUUAGUUUUAAUAGCAUAGGUUUUAGCUUCCCACUGCUUAGAAACAUUAGGGCCCCUUUGUGAAAAUUAGGUACAUUAUUUAGUGUGUGAUAGUUGCCCAUAUAGCCAAUUUGGUAAGAAAAUAAUGGCAAAUUUAUUCAUCAACAUAUUUAGAAUGCCCCAAGUCUUUGGAAUUUGAAUAUAAAUUAUUUGUUUAUUAUUGUAAA